AUGCUCCCUUCCAUUUUACUCGAGGAAUUCAAACGACGUCUCCACCCGCCAUUGCCUCAGCUGAGUGAGCGUGAACACCCGCUGGGAGCGGUCGAUUCCUAUGGGGUAGCAAAGCUGCACCCAAAUGACCGCCCUAACGCCUCGAGUCUUGAAUUAGCACUAGAGUACAUCAUCAGCGAUGGACUGCCCGAUGCUUCCAUCUCUCUAGCCUUUAGAAAGUUUCUCGCCCUCCAAUGCCGCACGGGCCAAGUGAAGAAUGUGCUUCUGGUUGGGCUCCACGGUGGAUACGCAACCACCUGGAUUGCCACUAUGAACCCCCAGGUCCACAUUACCGCAUUGGAAGCCGACUCCUCCCAUGCUCAGAUGGCCCGCGAAAAUAUCAACAAAGCUGGAGUCUCUAGUCAACGCCCGCGAUAUGAGUUUGCCUUCAUUGACGCGGGCCUGGAGCAUAGUUGGGACUACACGAACAAAGCGAUUUGUAUUUCACGUCCUGGCGCGAAUAUCAUUGUCAACAAGGUCGUUCAACGUGGUGAAGUUGCGGACACCGAACCCGAGACAGUCGAUAUGGACGGGGCUCAAAAGGUGAUUGAAAGGACAGGGAUGGGCCCCCGCGUGGAGGCCUGUUUGAUGCAGCAGGUGUCGGACAAAGGCUACGACGGAUACUUAAUGGCUGUGGUGAAAUAA